CCCAACUAGUCCGCUGGGGGUGGGGGCGGCGGCCAUAACGGAGCGUGGUGAGAGCGGGAGGGCCCCGGCCGCCCCCUCCUCCUGGGGGUGGGGAUGGCGGCGCCUUCUUCCCACAUGGACUCGCGGGCUCGUCGUGAAGGCGUCUGAGUGGCCGCCCCCCGCCGCCUCGCCUCAGGGCGGGAGAGGCCUCCCGCCGCGCUAGGCCGCGGCCGGCCGAAGGAAGGAGGAGGGCCCGGGCGGACAUGGCCAGCCCUGGCAAGUGGGAGCAUCUGAGGCCGCUGCGGCCGGACACGCUGCGUGUGAGUGAGCCACCAAUGAUCAACCUGAAUGUGGAUCAAGAAGUACGGAUUGUGAGAAGAACUGUGAAAGUCAAAAAGCCUCGAUUUGAUGCGUCCUUGGUUUAUUUGACCCGAAAAUUCAUGGAUCUUGUCAAAACAGCUCCAGGCGGUGUCCUUGAUUUAAAUGAAGUAGCAACAACUCUUGGAGUACGAAAACGAAGAGUGUAUGACAUCACCAAUGUCUUGGAUGGAAUCCACUUAAUUCAGAAAAUAUCUAAGAAUCUUAUCCAGUGGGUAGGUUCUAAUAUUGACCAAGUUGUUGGAAAAGCACCAGAGCAGCAAAACCUUAAAGAUGAACUUUCUGACUUGUCAGCCAUGGAAGAAGCUCUGGAUGAAUUAAUCAAGGAUUGUGCUCAUCAGUUAUUUGAACUAACAGAUGACAAAGAAAAUGAAAAACUAGCUUACGUGACAUAUCAAGAUAUCUGUAGCAUUCAAGCAUUUCAAGAACAGAUUGUCAUUGCAAUCAAAGCUCCAGAAGAAACUAAAUUGGAAAUACCAAUUCCUAAAGAAGAUUGCAUAAAAGUACACGUGAAGAGCACAAAUGGACCCAUUGACGUGUAUCUAUGCGAGGUGGAACAACAGAAGCCAGGUGCCAAAACUUUUGAAGAUAUGGAUACUGUCACUUGUAAAACUGAGCCAUCAGUUCCUCCUGAUGAAGUGAGAUCUCCGGAGGAAGAAAAAAACAAACCACCUGAGAUGACAGAUUAAUUACAACUCAAAAAUCUAAUACAGAAUGUAAAUAUGUGUUAUAGAGCUUUUCCAAAGCUGCUUGGAUCUACAGACUUCCUAACCUGAAAUGUUCCAAAGUGUUGUAAAAUUAAAAGAGCAGUGGGUUGGUAGAGUGCUUUCACAGGAUUGUUUAUCUUCCCAAGUCAGAAGACAACAGUUCCUAGAGUUGCUUUUAGGAGCUUUGUUUUCAUAAUUGCAUACGAUCUACAGAGCUUUGGGAAAAAUAUAUGUUUAGUUUAUGAAAUAAUUUUAAUUGGUGGAAGACAUAGGCAGUGAGUUGCUUCUGAAAAUGAAGAUUUGAAAGCUGUUUCUGGAACGAUCCACAAUCCACAAGAGAAUGUAUAUAAUAAAGAAAUGCACUUUUCAGUUCUUAGGCUGCACUACUACAAAGCGAGAUCGUCAAAUAGAAAUGCAACAAAGAACUGGUGUAUCAGAAGCCUUCAUUGUAAGAAACAAGAUGUAAAUAUCAUGAGAGUUAUGCCUUAUGCUGUGUAGAUGCUGUUUGCAUUGUUUGCAUCCAGCUCUGCAUGAACUAUGGUAUCAACACUGAAGCUAAAUAAUUGGGCUUUUUGUAUAUAUCUGUGUCAUGUCUAAGUAGUUACCAAUGUAGAUUUAUGGAGAUGGUUUGCAUUUCUGCUUUUGUACAGCAAAGAAAUAAAACUUUAAACAUAUAA